AAACAUAUAAGGAAAAACAAAAAAGGAAAACUGAAGAGAUGAGAGAUGCAAUGAAAUCUUUGGAGAAUAGAACCUUGGAUUCAAAAAGAGAGAUGGACAUCCUUGCUGCCCUGGAUGAAGUGAAGUCCAUGAGCUCAAGACAAGCAACUAUCAGUGUAGAUGCAAUGCUGGAGAUCUUGCAGCGCUCAGCUGAGGAAAAGGAAAAGAAGUUGGAAGAAGAGGAUGAAGCACUCGUAAAAUCAUUAUUUGGAGCCCCAAGAGAGGUCGUUCGCAGGAUCGAUGAUGAUAUUCUUGAUGAUGAUGAAGAUUUAUCUCAGAUUUCAACUGACAACGCUGAAACAUCAAACAAUAAUUCAAAAAGGAGAAAGGUUUCUGAAGAACUUCCCACUAAUAGGCUUCUGAAGAACUUCCCGCUAAGCCAACAAAUUAUCUGA